AUGAAAAACAUGUCAUUUUCUUCACAAUUGAGAUGGUCCCCAUACGAUUUUGCUUUGUGCCUACAAAAAUGCCUGAAAGCAAAAGCCUUGAGACCAGGCAUGCAGAUCCAUGCCACGUUGCUUACCAGUGGAACAAACAUGAACAUCUUAUCUUUGAGUUCAAAGCUUGUUGGGAUGUAUGCUAGUUGUGCUGACCUGAAAUCAGCAAGGCUUUUGUUUCAAAAAAUUGAAUACCCAAAUGUGUUUGCAUUCAACUGGAUGGUUUUGGGUUUGGCAUAUGACGGUUACGUUGAUGAUGCGUUGUUUUACUUUCGUUGGAUGCGUGGGGUUGGCCACAUAGGCAACAUUUUCACCUUUUCCAUUGUUCUUAAGGCCUGUGUUGGCUUAAUGGAUUUGAACAUGGGGAGACAGGUUCAUGCAAUGGUUUGUGAACUGGGUUUUCACAGUGAUGUCUCAAUUGCCAAUGCUCUUAUAGAUAUGUAUGGUAAAUGUUGGGCCAUAUCUUAUGCUUGUAAUGUGUUUGAUAGAAUGGCUGACAGAGAUGUUGCCUCGUGGACGUCAAUGAUUUGUGGGUUUUGUAACGUUGGGAAAAUCGAGCAAGCGCUGGUGUUGUUCGAGAGGAUGAAGUUGGAAGGAUUGGAGCCAAAUGAUUUCACAUGGAAUGCUAUUAUUGCUGCAUAUGCUCGUUCAAGCGAUAGCAGCAAAGCUUUUGCUUUCUUUGAGAGGAUGAAGAAAGAGGGUUUUAUUCCUGAUGUGGUUGCGUGGAAUGCAAUGAUUUCGGGGUUUGUACAAAAUCAUCAAGUCAGGGAAGUGUUUAAGAUGUUUAGGGAGAUGAUACAUUCAAGGAUUCAACCCAAUCAAAUUACUAUUGUUGCGCUGCUUCCUGCAUGUGGAUCAGCAGGUUGUAUUAAAUGGGGAAGAGAAGUUCAUGGAUUUAUAUGCCGGAAGGGGUUUGAUGCGAAUGUUUUCAUUGCUAGUGCUCUUAUUGAUAUGUAUUCGAAGUGUGGGAGUUUGAAAGAUGCUCAAAAUGUAUUUGACAUGAUUCCAUGUAAGAAUGUUGCAUCAUGGAAUGCAAUGAUUGAUUGCUAUGGAAAGUGUGGCAUGGUUGAUUCUUCCUUGGAGCUGUUUGAAAAAAUGCAGGAAGAAGGACUGCAGCCAAAUGAAGUUACCUUUACAUGUAUUCUUUCAGCAUGCAGCCAUAGUGGCUCAGUGCAAAAAGGUUUACAGAUCUUCUCAUCAAUGAACCAGCGUUAUGGGAUUGAAGUAUGCUUGCAGCAUUAUGCUUGUGUUGUUGAUAUAUUGUGUCGUUCUGGAAGGACAGUAGAAGCAUAUGAAUUUUUCAAAGUCAUGCCAAUACAAGUCACAGAGUCAAUGGCUGGUGCUUUUCUAAAUGGGUGCAAAGUUCAUGGAAGAAAAGAUCUGGCUAAAAUGAUGACUGAGGAAAUAAUGAGAAUGAAGUUAAAAGGACCCGGUGGCUUUGUUACACUGUCAAAUAUCUAUGCUGCUGAUGGUGACUGGGAAAAGGUAGGGAAUGUAAGGAAUGUGAUGAAAGAAAGAAAUGUCCAUAAGCAGCCUGGUUUUAGUUGGCUUGAAAAGCUAGGUCAGAUUCUUGAAGGAAAGAAAGAGAAAGAAGGAAACAUGGCCAGUGGAUUGGACAUGUGA